UUUGGGCCGUCUAUCCGAUAAUUCAACAACUUUACAUAUGGGUCAUUUGGUUUAGAACAUAUAACACUAACAUUAUGAAUGGCACCAUUGUGGGUUGUACUUUCUCUUAUUAGACUGUCAAUCUAAAUCAUACAUUCAAAUAAAAAUUAAUAAUAUGGCUUUGUUUUUUAGGCGAUGUCCAUUUUAGUGAAGAGGGGUUCAAAUUAAGCUUGCACAAUGAUUCGUUUGGAGAUCUUCCAUACAAAUUAAACGCUAGUUGUUUUUGCAAUAUGAUAUUUUUCAACCCAAAUAAAAGGGAAUUGUUGUUGGCAUUCCAAAAAUUUCAUUUUGAACUCCAAACUUUCUAUAAUUAGAAAGAAAAAUACACUUAUGAGGAGUGUAGAAUGUGAUUUUUGGAGUGCUAAUAACAUUUCCCAAACAAAAAACAAGGUAUCUUUAUAAUUCAUAAUACCGUUACAUUUGCCUCCAAACCAAAAUUCCAACGGCCAUGUUCUUUACUCCCAAAAAUCCGACCGUUGCUUCCCGCUUCUUUCACUCUCUACACCCCACUCUCCCUCCAAAGCCCACCAAUUUCGCCCACGAAUUCAAAAACUCCACUCACCAAACCCUGCAUCUCCUCCUUGAGCAAUGCUCCUCCAUGAGAGAACUCAAACAGCUCCACGCCCUAAUCAUCCUCCACAGCCUCACAAGCGAAAACCUCACCCUCGGAAAACUCAUAUCCUUCUGCUCCGUCUCCGAUCCCAGAAAUCUCCGCUACGCCCAGCUUGUGUUCGACCAAAUUCCUGAGCCAAAUAAGUUUAUGUACAAUAGUCUUAUAAGGGGUUACUCAAAUAGUAAUGACCCAUUUAAGGCCUUUUCACUCUACUGCCAAAUGGUUGGUUCAGGUCUUUCACCAAACGAGUUCACGUUGCCCUUUGUGCUCAAGGUUUGCGUGGGACAGUCCGCAUAUUGGGAAGCCGUGGCUGUUCAUGGCCAGGCUAUUAAACUAGGAAUUGAGUCUCAAGUUUGCGUGCAAAAUGCCCUUAUUACUGUCUAUAGUGUUCGGGGGUUGAUCCGGUGUGCUCAGAAUGUGUUUGAUGAUAUGUCUGAGAGGAGUCUGGUUUCAUGGAAUUCAAUGAUCGGUGGCUAUGCUAGAAUGGGUUCGUGCAAGGAGGCUCUGUUGUUGUUUAGGGAGAUGAGAGAUCUGGGGGUUGAGCCUGAUAAGUUUACUUUGGUUAAUUUACUCUCUGUUUGUUCACAAGCUUGUGAUUUGGAGUUGGGAAGAUAUGUGCAUCUUUUUAUUGAGGUUAGUGGGAUUGAAAUUGACCAAAUUGUGAGAAAUGCUCUUCUGGAUAUGUAUGCCAAGUGUGGGCAUUUGCACUUGGCACGAAAGAUUUUUGAUCAAAUGACUCACAAAAAUGUGGUUUCCUGGACGUCAAUGGUUAGAGCAUACACUAAACAUGGGCUCAUUGAAUUUGCCCAGGAGUUUUUCAACCAGAUGCCACAUAAAAAUGUGGUUUCUUGGAAUUCAAUGAUCUCAUAUUAUGUACGGGAAGGCCAGUGCAGGGUGGCUUUGGAUCUAUUCCAGAAAAUGCUUAAUUCGAGUGUGGUGCCUGAUGAGGCUACCUUGGUUUCUGUCCUUUCAUCCUGCAGUCAAAUUGGCGAUUUGGUCAUUGGAAGGAAAACCCAUAAUUACAUUUGCAACAGCAAUAUUGCACCCAGUGUAACCCUUUUUAAUUCCCUUAUGGACAUGUAUGCAAAAUGUGGUGCUGUUGAAAUUGCCAUGGACAUCUUUAUUCUGAUACCAGAAAAGAAUGUAGUAUCAUGGAACAUCAUUAUCGGGGCCCUUGCAUUGCACGGUCGCGGAUCAGAAUCAAUCGGGAUAUUCGAACAGAUGCAAGCAGGUAGAAUCUGGCCGGAUGAGAUCACCUUCAUCGGACUUCUUUCUGCUUGCAGUCACAGUGGUCUUCUAGACUUAGGGAGACAUUACUUUGAAAAAAUGAAGUCUACUUACAGAAUAUCACCUGAAAUUGAGCACUAUGCUUGCAUGGUAGAUCUGCUGGGGCGAGCGGGACUUUUAGAAGAAGCAAUGAGGCUGGUAAGAGGAAUGCCAAUGAAGCCUGAUGUUGUCAUUUGGGGUGCUUUACUUGGUGCUUGUCGGAUCCAUGGAAAUGUGGAUUUGGGAAAGCUGAUUCUAAAGCAGCUGUUGGAGUUGGAACUGCAUGGUUCUGGACUUUAUGUACUUCUAGCAAACAUAUUUGGUGAAGCGCACAGAUGGGAGGAUGUUAAGAACAUCAGGAAACUAAUAAAAGACGGUGGAUCCAUAAAGAGUAGAGCAGUGAGCUCGAUCGAAAUUGAUGGCCGUGUUUACGAAUUUAUGGUUGAUGACAAGAGACAUGAAACUUCAAGCAGUAUAUACUCCAUGCUUGAUCAGUUAACAGAUCAUCUGAGGCGUACUGGGUAUGCUCCAAGUGCGAUUUUGGAUAUAGAAGAAUCGUAGUUCUGCUGUAUCUGUAAGUUAGAACCGUUACACUCUGAUAAUUAUAUAUACUUUUAAUUGUUUUUAUAUGAAGUGACUUGCAAGUAGCCAAUGCCUGCUUCUGUUUUCCAUGCCAAACCCAGUCGGGAGAAACUCACCUUAAUUAAAAAUAACUACUUUGCUUUUGGAAUUGAAGGUAAAGGUUUGUUUAAAUGUCAAGUCAUUAGCACCAUCAGACCAACGUUACAAGUGUUGAUCUAAUUUUUGGUUACUUACUUUGACAAGGUAUUAGGCAAUAGAACUGGAAACUUACUCCUUUGAGUUCUAAAGUUGAGUGUGUGAAAGGUAAAGGUGCCAAGAACGUAACUUGCAACUGAUAAUAUGAAACUAAAAGUAUCAUUGAAAUUUUAGUUGAUUUAAGUAGGAUAUACAGCAUAUGAUUAUCAUUGAAAUUAUAGCUAACAUGAAAUUUACUGCAACUUGAAGUAGGAUAUACACCAUAUGAUCACAUAGCAAGUAGAAAUGUCUUCUACCAAAAGGUUUCCUCCUUUCAGGGGCCUUGAUUAAGUGUGCGAAACAAAGCUUGAGCACCUGGAUUCAGACUUCUCUCUAGUUCGAGAGCAUGUCAACCAGGCAGAGAGAACCUAAUACCGACUGAUGCAUCAUGGUCGUUGCUAAUAGGUUACUUGGCGAGUUCGAAAAUUGGAAAAAGUACAAUGAAAAUCCAUAAAAAAUACUACUGUACGAACUGUUAGGGAGUAAUGAAACUUGGAAGGAUCAAGGAUGCACAUCGAACAUGCAGGUCGCCUUGUUUUCUGGAACUUCAUGUCAAACUGCAGCUAAUAGGCAUAUAUAUACGGAUGGGAACAACUAAAACUUCCAUACAAGUUUCAUUGAAUCGGAUGUAGGGACUACUAUGAAGUAUUAACAUUCAACAAAAAGCCAAAACCCAAGAUCCAAUCUUGCAAGGAAAGAAGAAGGAAAGCCACAUCCAAUCUAAGAUUGCAGAACCUAUUUGACCAAAGCUCGAGUCUUUCCAAAUCUUAAGGAGCUAAAGAGAGGUGGGGCCCUGACAGCCAUGCAUGGAUAGAGUGCUCUGCAUCAAGAACUUUCAUGGAUGAUAAGAGUCGCCGGGGAAGCAGGAAAGGGCGGCGGACUUUGGAAGCGAUUAAAUAAGUUAAAAGAGAGGAGGGCUGCAUUGCGCCGGGAUGCAUGGGUGAGCAUGCAGAUUGCAGGCGCAGUCGGGGAUCAAACCAGCAAACCCACGUCAGCUUACGCCAUCGCUUGUCUUGUCGGAUACUUGAUUCAAUACCUUGCAAUAACAUAUAUAUAUUGUAUGUACCAUUUUAACGUCAUUAUAUUAUCUACUUAUUAGUUAUAGCUAGGGGUGGUUCGGUAUGGGAUACCGAACUAAAAUCUUAGAGACAAUUCCCAAACUGAAAUUUUCGGUAUUCUUAAUUUCAAGAUCGAUCUCAAACCAAAAUUUCGGAAAUCCCAAAAUAGUUUCGGUAUUUCGGAACAAUCGGGAAUCCCGAAAUAUUUUUGGGCUUUUGGUGAUUCUGUAUUCCCAAUUCCCAUAGCUGUUAUAUUUUCACUGAAAUAAUCAGGUACAUACUUCAAACAUUA